AACGAAUAAUAUUUAUAAUUUAUUUUACAAUAGCGUUUGACUAAUUACUCACACGCACGCACAACAUGUCGCAAGCUGUUGAAGCUGAGCAUUCGUCUCUAACGUGGAACAUUCUGGGCGAUAGUUUUCCGAAACAAUAUGAAACUAGCGAGGAAGUUGUUAUGAAACCUAAAGAAGAAAGCAUGAGUAAGAUUAAACUAAAACUACAAGAUAUACAAGAUGCGCAUAAUCGGAUCAAAAACGAUGUAGUCUUCACACCAGUUGUUGAAGCAAAAUAUAUAGGAAAAAAUUUUUGCAACAUUUUCUUGAAAUGUGAAAAUUUGCAGAACACUGGAAGUUUCAAAGCGCGCGGAGCCUGUAACAUCCUAUCCAGCAUGUCACCUUCAGACAAGAGCAAAGGUUGCACCGUGUCAGGAGGACGCAACUAUCUUUCUGCCAUGACAUUCUAUGGAUUCAGGCAGUCAGUCCCUGUCAAUGUAAUUGUACCGAGAGAUUGUCCUCUGGUCGACAAACAUCUAUACAAGGAGAACUUUGCGAUUGUGAAGGUGCAUGGUAACGACCUCAACGAUGCCAGCCUGCAUGCACUCACUUAUUGUGAUGAAAUCGGUUCAAAUUAUAUACACGGGUCAGACCGAUUGGACUUAAUUGCGGGCUACGGCACCAUGGGACUGGAGCUGCUGACACAGAUGGACAAGAUGGACGCCAUCCUGUGUCCUGUCGGCAGCGGCGGGCUUGUCGCAAGUCUCGUGCUGGCGGUCAAGAGCCUCAAACCCAACUGCCUUAUAUACGGCGUGGAAUGCUCAGCGGCCCCAACCAUGACCAAAGCUCUCCAAGAGAAGAAGCCAGUCAUGAUCCAGCAGAACCCGACGAUUGCCGAUAGUCUAUGCAGUGUCAUUGCCAGCAACAAUGCCUUCAACAUCAUCAGGGGAUAUCUGGAUAGAAUGAUAACUGUAGAUGAAGUGUGGGUUUCGCGCGCGAUGAUCAAUAUCCUGGAGCGAGAGAAGAUGGUGGUCGAGGGCGCGGCUGCGUGCCCUGUGGCUGCUGUAAUGGCUGGGAAAGUUCCAGAACUUCGUGGGAAAAAUGUUGUAUGUAUUCUGUCGGGUGGUAAUAUUAACAGCAGUCGUAUGUCCCGGGUCAUUGACCGCGGUAUGGCAGCUGAAGGUCGUCUUGUCAAGUUCAGCGUGGCACUGCCAGACGUGCCAGGCGCCAUGGCCAAGCUGCUGGCCAAAGUCACCGACAACGGUGCUGAUGUCAAGAGCUUCGUGCCUGAACGCGCUUGGAUGAGACGGGACAUAUUUACUGUUUCUAAUGAUUUUCGCGGAUCGGAUGAUCAACCACAUGUUUUAUCAUUCAAUGAAGUCAAAAAGGCUGCGGAUAGAAUCGAAGGGGGUAUCAUACACACGCCCCUCUGCGAGGCAAAAAUCAGUAAAUAUAUGGACUACAAUAUCUAUUUGAAAUGCGAAAAUUUACAAUACACUGGCAGCUGCGCUGAGCGUGGUAUUCGUAACGCUCUGUUAGCGUACGGUGGAGACAUCGGAGACCGCGGAGUUAUAGUACCAUCUCUUGGAAACAUGGCGUUGGGUACCGCGUACCACGGUGGAACUCUAGGAAUCCCGGUUACAGUGGUGAUGCCAGAGAGGACGCCUCCGGCUCACGCACAGCGCUGCUCAGAGCUAGGCGCUGAUGUAGUGUUGUGCGGAGACAACCUCGACGACGCCAUCUCUUACGCCAAGAAAAUCCACCAAGAGGGUCAUCAGACAAUACUUGACGCGGAUGAUCCCCACGUGAUAGCAGGUCUUGGCACGGUGGGCGUGGAAAUCGUUACACAGCUGCCUGAAGCGGACGCUGUGAUCGUACCAGUGGCGGGCGGAGCUCUAUUGGCCAGCGUACUGGUUGCCUGCAAGAAACUCAAGUGCUCCUGUCUAGUUUACGGUGCGGAAUGUUCGAAAGUGCCGAAGAUGAUGAAGGCACUGCAGGCAGGCCGACCUGUCCCUGUGACGGUGGUACCGAAUUUGGCGGAUGGUCUCAACACUUCCAGUGUUGGAGCUAAUGCAUUCGCGACUAUCAAGAAUAGACUUGAUAGAAUGUUGGUGGUAGACGAGUUGUACAUAGCCAGGGCAAUGAUAUCAAUGUUGGAGCGAGAGCGUCUCGUGGCGGACGGGGCCGGCGUGUGCGCAGUCGCCGCAGUCAUGCAAGGGCUAGUGCCCGAGCUACGAGGGAAGCGAGCGGUAUGCGUUGUAAGCGGAGGUAACAUUGACUGUGGUCGACUCGCUCGUACCAUUCAACGCGGUCUCGGCUCCAGUGGGCGACUUAUGAGAUUCGCGGUGCCAGUGCCCGACCACCGCGGCGGCUUGGAACAACUCGCCAAGACCAUAAACGAUGAGAGUGCAGUGCUCAAGAGCUUAGUCACAGAACAAAUGUGGGUUCACAGUGAUGUUGGAACUACUUGGGCGAAUGUGGUAGUCGAGACAGCAAACGAAGAACACGCGUGCAGUUUUAAGGAUCGACUGCGCGACUUAUACCCUACCGCUAGAUUCGCAGCCGUGGACAUGGACGACAAACAUAAAAUAUCUGUGCGAUGAAACAUGGUACUUUUUUGUUGCAUAUGUCCAUACUCUGAAUGAGAUAAAUUUAAUGUUUGUGUGUAAAA